AUGGCUGCCCUGUUGAGACCCCUGAGGAUCCUCCUUCCUGCCAGACCUGGGGUUCUGACCCGCUGCUGCUCCAGCUUUGUGUCCAGGAUGAGGUAUGUGCACAGGCUGAAGGAGGAUGAUGAGGCGUGUGCCGCAGCGCUGCAGAACGGUUCCGUGUUCUUGUUCCACCGCCUGGUUCCGCUGCUGCAGAGCAGAGACACAGGAAGCUUCUCACCUGCUCCUCUCACCUGCUCAGAUGUCCAGUCUUUACUGCAGAAACUUGGUUCUGAUGGAUCCCUGCUGAAGGAGUCGGUUCUGGUAGGUUGUUCCGAACAGAACCAGGCCCAGUUCUGUCUGGAUGUUGUUCUGGAAGUUCUGGUGUGAUGUUCUGGUCCAUGUUCAGGAGAACUAGAUCGACCAGCAAUAGAAGAAGAGUGCAACGGAACCUUCAUGGACCUGAGGAAAGCCUUCUUUCUUCUAAGUGGACCCGAGGCACCUCUUGUGGCCAAGGCUCAGGCCCUGCUUCGCUGGCACCAGAUGAACAGGUUCUGUGGUGCUACAGGCCAGCUGACCCAACGGAACCGGGCCGGCAGCCAGAGGUUCUGCAGCAGCAGCUCCAUCGUCUACUACCCAAAGGUGUCUCCGGUGGUUCUGGUGCUGGUGUCUGAUGGGUCCCGCUGUUUGUUGGGCCGACAGUCAACCUUCCCUCCUGGGAUGUACAGCGCCCUCGCUGGAUUUGUUGACAUGGGUGAGGGUCUGGAGGAGGCUCUGUGCAGGGAGGUGGCAGAGGAGGUGGGUCUGGAGGUCCAGAGCAUCUGCUACAGCUCCUCGCAGCACUGGCCUUUCCCUCACAGCUCUUUCAUGCUAGGCUGCCAUGCCACCCUUAGUCCCGCCCACUCUCAGCUGAACGUGGACCAGUCAGAACUGGAAGAUGCUCGCUGGUUCACUUUGGAGGAAAUCAACUCCGCCCUGCAGGUGCAGGCUCCACCCAUAAGAGGUGACUGUCCUGCCUUCUGGCUGCCUCCCAAGCACGCCCUCGCCCACCGCCUCAUCACAGAGUGGAGGGACCGCCAGAGACACGAAGAGGACACGCCAAGGACACGGGAUGACAGCAGAACGCAUCGAAAAGCUGACGACAACACGUGCGCCUGAUUUAUAAUCC